AUGGUUUCUCGGACACUUUUUGUUAUGCCAUUAUCUAUUUUUGUUUGUUUAAACAUAUUGCUUGUGGCACACGCUAGCGAUUUCAACCAAGACAUUGACAUAACAUGGGGUGAUGGUAGAGGAAGUAUUUUGAACAAUGGUACUCUGAUAAAUCUCGCUCUUGAUCAAUCUUCAGGAUCAGGGUUUCAAUCGAAAGCCGAGUAUUUGCACGGAAAAUUCGAUAUGCAGAUCAAACUUGUCCCAGGAAAUUCCGCAGGGACCGUGACUACCUUCUACUUAAAGUCCCAAGGAUUGACAUGGGACGAAAUAGAUUUCGAGUUCUUGGGGAAUGUUAGUGGAGAUCCAUACAUUCUUCACACUAAUGUUUACACUCAAGGCAAAGGUGAUAGAGAGCAACAAUUCUACCUUUGGUUCGAUCCCACAGCUGAGUUCCACAACUAUUCUAUUCUUUGGAAUCCAAGUCACAUUGUGUUCUAUGUUGAUGGGAAGCCAAUAAGAGAAUUCAAGAAUUUAGAAGCAAUGGAUGUGGCUUAUCCAAAGAGCCAACCCAUGAGAAUGUAUGGUAGUUUAUGGAACGCAGAUGAUUGGGCCACGAGGGGAGGUUUGGUCAAGACAAACUGGUCUCAAGGACCAUUCGUAGCCUCUUUCAUGAACUAUAACUCCGACAAUGCUUGUGUCUGGUCCAUUAAUAAUGGAACCACGACUACCACUCCUUGUAGCCCCGGUGGCUCGUCUUCUUCUUCUUCUUCGUCGAGAAGGAUGGAUUCUUCAAGGCAGAAAAUUAUUAGAUGGGUUCAGAGGAAGUUCAUGGUUUACAAUUAUUGCAAGGACAAGAAAAGGUUUUCUCAGGGUUUUCCUGUUGAAUGCACAGCCAAGAACAAGAACAAAACAUCCUGA